CUACAACAAAUAUGGACAUGGAACAAGACUGUCCCAGCAACAUUUGAUGAGCUUCUUCACCGCUUGUUCUCAAAGAGGGCCGAUGAGAUUCCCAACGCAUUAGCAAUUGAUGCUUGGGACAAAACAUUGACGUACGCCGAACUGGAUAGAGCCUCAGGGCAGCUCGCAGGACGACUCGUUAAGGCAGGCGUUGGUCCAGAGGUAUUGGUUCCUCUAUGUUUCGAAAAGUCCGCCUGGGCUAUCGUAUCGAUGCUAGCAGUCCUCAAAGCUGGUGGUGCAUUCGUCCCAUUAGAUCCCAGCCAGCCACCAGCUCGUCGGCAGAAAAUCAUAGAACUAGCCCGGGGAAAAGUUGCCUUGGUCUCA